UCCCGGGGGCGGGGCCGGGGCCGGCUCAGUACUCCGCGUAUUACGGUAACCGUUCAUUCUGGGUAUUACGGUAAGGACCUGCGAAGCUGCAAGUGCCGGCCAUGUGGAGUGGGGGUGCUGGCGAUGCGCCGUCGGGCUGCAUCGUUUCUCCACAGUCGCUGCUUGUCCUGCUGGGCACUUCAGCCACCUUCUGCUUUCAUUACGGAACCAGCGCGGAGGGACCCCGCCAUGACAGAAAUGAUCAUCAGCAGCUGUAAGGCUGCCGGCGAGGGACUGGCCCUCAAACCGGACGACAACGGGCUGCCCUUCCAGAUCUUCCCGGACCCCUGUGACUCGUACGAGGGUCAGUGCAAACUCAAGGACCGUCUCCCCUCGAUCGUGGUGGAGCCAACUGACGUCAGCGAGGUGGAGAGCGGGGAGCUGCGCUGGCCCCCCGAUGACUUCCUCGUCGCUGAGCAGGAGGCUGAGGGGGGGCAGACGUGCCCCGGGGGACGAGGACAGAGCCAGAGUGAGACAGGUGGAGCAGAGCAGAAGGAGACGGGACACAGCCCGGCAUCGACUCGUCCGAACUGAGCCCCGGCGCCGGGCACGGACUGCUCGCCCCCACAGACCGAUCACAUCCCCCCCCCCCCCCCCACUCCCCGCAGACACUGGCCCGGACCCCGGAGGAGAACUGUCACCCACGGAGGGGCCCUGUCGGUCUGCACAUCUCUGCACCUGGGCUGUCUGCUGGUGGAUCUUGGGGGGGGGGGGUUUGCGGGGGGGGGGGGG